AUGUCUUCACGCGCGGAUUCUACAUCUCCUCCGCCUUACUCGUUUGAACCGUCCUCUUUCCCUCCUCCUCCGCCCCGAGCAGGUGACGUAGCUCGCAACUGGUCGUUUCAGGCGAAGUUUGAAGCUGCGAAAGAGCCAGUGAGGCAGGCUAUCUUGGAUACCAUCACAGCGUGGACAUUUUCGGAGACCUCCGGAGAAAGCUGGGACUUUAUACCCCGACAGGAUGUACAGGACGCGUAUGACGCUGCCGCAGUAGAUCUGAGGAAAGCACUUGAUUUCAUCAUCGAAAACAAAUACGCCGUAUACCUCAGAGACGACAUGGACCGGCGUCGACACGAAUACUUUCAUCGUAUGGAUGGCCAAGAGAGUAGCCCUCGCGUUCUACCAUCCCCACAAGCCUUUGCAGACGAUUUUGAUACCGCUCAUGUUGAGGUGCAGAUAGCAGUUUUGCGGACAUUUGCUCUGUGGAAAUCAUCUCGGGGAGGAAAGCACGUCAGACCUCUUCAUGAACAUGUGCGUGGAGAAUAUGAACGGGCACCAAUCGAGCUUAAGACGUUGCUGGAGUGGGUGCUUGCAUCUGGCUCGGUGAACCCUGUGCGACAUUCUAGGGAUGUGCGUAACUUCGAGAAGCUCGAGAAGAGCCAUCUUCAACGCAGCAUCAUGAUCCGAACUAGCGUGCAACCCUUUCUCUGA